AUGCAGGCAAAGAGAACUGGCCAAGGCAUGCAAGCAAAGAGAACUGGCCAAGGCAUACAAGCAAAGAGAACUGGCCAAGGCAUACAAGCAAAGAGAACUGGCCAAGGCAUGCAAGCAAAGAGAACUGGCCAAGGCAUUGGCCAAGGCAUGCAAGCAAAGAGAACUGGCCAAGGCAUACUAGCAAAGAGAGUUGGCCAAGGCAUACAAGCAAAGAGAACUGGCCAAAGUAUUCUACCAAUUAUUGCGCAAAAAAAUACCUAA